AUGACUGAUUCGGAUGAUUCGACUGAUCCAGGUCAUAAUUUAUUAGGCGAAUAUUGCCCAUUCAUUGCAGACGUACCUAUCACAUCUUAUGCUGAACCAUUCCCAAUACCAAACAAAGAUACAAGAAGUGAAGAAGAAAUCAAUCAAAUUAAACAAAAUCUCAAGAGACUUACAAAUAGCAAACACUUUAAUCCUCCAUUACCACUUGCAGACUUCUGCUUAAUAGCUAAAGAUCGUUGGGAGAAUGAUGAUUCUGACGGUUCUGAAUGCUCAUUAGGAGUUUGCAAACUUGUUUAA